AUGAGACUGAUGUGCCAGUGGAUGGUGCUAGUUAUGGCGGUGAAGUGCGCAGCGGGUAUGUUGCACGAGUUCAGCACUACGAAGGACCUGUAUGGCGAGUUGCUCAGUACUGACAGGUAUUCGUUCGUAUAUAUCUAUUCUCCCAAGUGCCCCUGGUGUAAGGAGCUGAUGCCUAAAUUCGAGAUGCUGUCUAGUUUCUUUAACGGGGCGCUGAACUUUAUUAUGAUUGACGGCAGAAAAUGCAGGAUUCUCGAUAAAGACUUCAAUGUGGAUACGUAUCCGUAUCUGAUGCUCUUCGAGGCGAAAGAGAAUUUGGCAGGGUUUCAGGUCGAGCCGGAAUUGACACCAAAAAAUCUGCUCAAGGGUGUAUACCACGGUGCGGGCGACGUUUAUCGCAUGGCGCACUACCUGACACAAUUGACGGGGGAGACACCCGCCUUGCCGCAGCCGGUCCAUGAAAAUAUUAUUGAGUUGGACAAGCUGGGCCCACACGCAGACUCGGACUCCCUGGAUUAUUUGGACGCGACGUCGGGUGCAAGUUUGGUAAAUAUCUUGUCGUUUACAUCCCCUUGGAUGGAUUUCUACUAUCAGGAACUAUUCCAAUCUUCUCGGCCGUCUUCGUUGUUGGUACAGAAUUCACAGUUUUUCGACGACAAGUUGAAAACAUUUGACAUCGAUGGUUCGCAGCGCUCAACAUCACAUCUUACCAAUCUCUUCAGGGUGUCUCACUUCCCCAGUCUGAUGCUCUUGCCCCGAAAUUGCGGUGGUUCAAAUUCGACUGUAGUGCGCAUCGAGUUUCAUCAGUAUGAUAGCGAACUGUUGAAAAAGGAAAUUCAAACUGUUCGCCGACUUACCAAACUCUGUAUCGAUGGCGACCAAACUGCGCUGUCAAAUUUUGUCUCCGAUUUCCAUUCCAUCAGCAUAUACCCAUCUCUGGAAGAUAUGCAACAAAAGGUUAAUGACGCUGCUGGGAAGGCUUAUGAAAUUCAUGAAGAUGAAUCGGACAUGGAGUAUAUUUCCCACGCUAUAAAUGAUUUGUAA